GAACUUUCCUCGUCAAGGUCUGCCUUGCCGUAGUGCAGUUAAAUGAAUAGUUAUUUUCAUCUCACUCCUCCGGGCGCGCAGUGGUUCUGGAAAGAUUUCCUAGGAAUAUUACAUUCUAAUGAGGAAUAUGUCGUCGUGUUAACGGGUUAUCUAGAUCUAUAUCCAGAACCAUUUCAAUAUUUAUCAGUUUAUCUGUGAGUUGACUUUUAACAUUGACUUAUUUUAUUAAUGCCGGGAAACUAGGAAAAAAGCUAGAGGUACAAUAGGACAGCGUUCGGCACACGGCUUGUUCUUCUGUUUUCUCCGGAGAAGGAUAGAACCAAACAAAAGGCGGUCCAAGAUAAAGAGAUAACUGUCUCAGAAUGAAUAACAAUACUGAGAAAGAGAACGAAUCGAAUGAAUUCACCAGUCAUGAAGAGGAGGUCCGCACAUUAUUUGUCAGCGGACUACCUCUGGAUAUAAAGCCGCGAGAGCUGUAUCUCCUGUUCAGACCAUUUAAGGGUUAUGAGGGAUCAUUGAUAAAACUCACCUCAAAACAGCCAGUGGGGUUUGUCAGCUUUGACAGCCGAUCAGAGGCAGAAGCUGCCAAGAAUGCCUUGAACGGUGUCCGCUUCGACCCGGAGAUCCCCCAGACUCUGCGGCUGGAGUUUGCCAAAGCCAACACCAAGAUGGCCAAGAACAAGCUGGUGGGCACUCCUAACCCUCCUCCCUCCCAGCAGAGCCCUGGCCCACAGUUCAUCAACAGAGACCCAUAUGAGCUCACAGUACCCGCUCUAUACCCUGGCGGCCCAGACAUGUGGGCGUCAUACCCGCUGUACCCGGCGGAGCUGUCGCAAGCCCUCCCUCCUGCUUUCACCUACCCUUCCUCACUCCACACUCAGAUUCGCUGGCCCUCUGCAGAUGGAACUCCCAAGGGAUGGAAGUCCAGGCAGUUCUGUUGA